AUGUUGUCAAAGAGUUUAUUUUUUAAUAUUAUUAUUUUCACAAUAACUUUUUCUUCUAUCUAUAUCUGUGUCAACGGUGUAGAUGCUCCACUGGUACACAUUCCAGGAAGUGGAAUAUUAACAGGAACCUAUUUAAAGAUGUAUCGAACUCAAAUAAUAAAAGCGUAUCUAGGUAUUCGAUAUGCACAUGCUUCGAGAUUCUCACCGCCAGAUAUUGAAUUACCACCCUGGAAAGGAAUUUUCAAUGCCACGGCAUUUGCACCCAACUGUUGGCAACAGACAAGGACGUCAACCGGUAUAUUAGAAAAAGUAAUAGACAUUAUUUCGGGCGAUAUACCCAAUAGAGAAACGAUAAGAAUAUUUGAUGAGAACUGCUUGCACUUAAACAUCUUUGUACCUGAUGGAGCACCUGAAGUAGAUGGCUAUGCGGUUGUGGUUUGGAUUCAUUCUGGAAAUUUUUCGGUUGGCAGUCCUAGGGACAUUGUUCCAUUUCAACUUGUUUUUAAGCAAAAAGUUAUUGUUGUCACAUUUUCCUAUCGGCUAAAUAUUUUCGGAUUUCUUGCAACGGAAGAUGGUGAAGCUCAAGGAAAUUAUGGAUUAAUGGAUCAGUCUGCCGCAUUAUACUGGGUGAAAAAAAAUAUUAAUUAUUUUGGUGGUGAUGAAAAUCGUAUAACUCUAAUGGGUCAUAAUUCCGGAGCUAUUAGCACUGGCUUGCAUAUGACAUCCGGUGAGUGGUCAAAGGGAGUAUUUCAUAGAGCCAUAAUUAUGUCUGGAAACCCUUUAACACCUAUUCGAUUACCAAACGAAUAUAAUACUGACUUAGAUAAAAUAUCAAAUUUAUUUGGGUGUGCUCGUCGACCAACGUCCUUGCUAAUACAAUGUCUUAAGAGAGUGGAUGCAAAGGUAAUUAAUGAAAAUCUUCCGUUAGUACACUGGGGACCAAUAGUUGACUUAGGAUUAAGUAAUACGUCAUAUCCAUUCAUUGAAAACCAGCCAGAAAUAUUAUUCAAAGCUGGAAACUAUUAUAAAGUACCUGUAAUUGCUGGAAUUACAGAUAUGGAGGACAUAUUCACCCUAUAUAAUGAUUUUAUUUCCGUGGAAUUUACUUCAGAAGAUCAGAAGCAGUUUUUUGAUGAGCUUGCAGUACAUGAUAUAUAUAAAAUAACAGGUAACACUGAAUGGUGUAUUAAUUAUCCAUUAAUAUCGGAUGCAAUCGAAUUUAUGUAUUCAGAUCGAAGUAAUGAGGAAAAAGAUAGUAUAAGUCAUAACUUAAUACGUGCACACACUGAAAAGUUUUAUUUAACUCCAUUGCAUAUCUUUUUGGAAAUUUUAAGUGUACAUAAAGAUACUUACAGCUAUAUUUUUAAGUACCGUUCAGAAUCACUUUCAAACAAUUUGCCUGCAUGGGUUGGAGUACCAAAAUAUUUUGAUCAAAUAUUUGUUUGGGGAGCUUCAUUUAUGAGAAGUAAUAUUGAAUGGAAAACAACUGACAAGAAAAUUGCUGAUAUUACAAUGACACUUUGGGCAAAUUUUGCUAAGUCGUCAAAUCCAACAAAAUCCAAUGUGUAUGUCAAAUGGAGCAAAAUAAGUGGACCUAAAUUUCCUAUUUUGCUAAUUGAUGAACAUUUUAAUACCGAUUACUUGGAAUCAAAUCACAAAAUAAAGUUUUGGAAAAAUAUGUAUCCUAAAAUACUCCACUAUGGUACAGAAUGUUGCAAUUCUACAAAUGGGGCAACCUCCAAUAACCUUUUAAUUUCAAUUGUUGUUGUCAUUAUAUUAAUUCACAUUUCAAUACUGUAUAAAAUGAUGUAAAUUUUG